AUGUCUGUCGGGAAAACAAUUCCCUCUUCUACACAACACAAUGGUUCUCCAUUGUUUACAAGAUCUACAUUCCAAGAGGAGAAUAAAACUCCAACGAGUGCUGUUCCACUCAUAAGCCAAAGGAGAACCACACGUCCUCGGAAGUUAAUGGCAGAUCUUUCAAAACUGCCAACAAUCGAGAAACAAACAAAAGUGAGAAGAGCCCCAAGCAAACCUAGACAGAAUAUAGCGAGGGAUGAUGAUGAUAUCAUUGAUGAAGAUAGACCACAUAACUAUCCUGAUUUGUUGGUUUCUUCUGAAGACGACGAGGGAAAGUAUGACCAUAUAUUUCAGUGUAGUAGCCCGGAGACUACAGACGACGAACAUUGUGAUGAUCAGAUUAGUUGUUCACAAGACUCACCUUCAAUAGAAUACAAUGAUGAAGGAGAUAUACAUACCGGUGCUCUCAUUGCGAUGCUAAGUUUUGGUAUGGGGAACGAAUUUGCCGUAAAAGAAGGUCAAAGAAUCCAAUAUUCACGCUUUGCUGUCAGCAGGGUCAAGUAA